AUUUGGAAAGUCACAUUAUCAGAGUUCAUGACGGCGCGAAACCGUAUAAUUGUGAUGUUUGCGGUGAAGCAUUGGCUUCUAGAAGUACUCUGACGGUUCACAAAAGAAUACAUACCGAUGAAAAACCUUAUGCCUGCACUUUCUGCGAGAAACGGUUCAGACAAGGGCCUCCGCUGAAGCUUCAUAUGAGAAUCCAUACAGGAGAGAUGCCUUACCAGUGUGUAGUUUGCACAAAAAAGUUUAAAGUUAAAGUUUCCUUGAGGACCCACAAAUGCCGAGGACCGGCCAGUGAAACAAAUGCAAAAUAAAUAAAAAAUCUGCUUGCUAUGUGAUGUUCAGAUUGAAAUUAAAAAUCGAGGGCUAUACUUACGAGCUGCAUGUAGCCAAAGAUUCUCCUGAAGUCCUCAUCCAUUUGAAGUGUGAAAAAUGCUUGCAGGAGUUCGAGUCUAAGAACGACCUCAUUGCCCAUAUGAAAAAGCAUCAUCCCGGAUUGUAUCUUUAUAACGAACGCGACAAGACGUUCUCGCUACCAUGCCUUCUAAACCAGUACAACGAAGAUAUGCACACUAACAGUACAAAUAUCUCGCAAAUCGAAAUAGUGGAAGAAUCCGCCGACGACUCGCCUAAGAACCAGUUUGAAGAGAUUUAUGAAUCUAAGCUCGAUGCAGAAGUCCAUCAAAGUAAAGCGAUAGUAAAAACAAUCACCAUACCUUCUGGUGCAAAAAACCAAUCUAAAGAACUUACACGCAAAUUUGAAAUUCAAAUAGUGAAUGAUAGCGACAGUACAUGCUCAGGUGGAACCAAGUCACUAAAACAAUGGCAGUGUGAAGAAUGCUCGAUCCUUUUUAACAGUAAGCAGCGUUUGGUUAACCAUAGAUGCGUACUACCUCAAGACCAAACCCAGUUUAAGUGUGAGGUGUGCCCAAAAGUGUUCCAGACUAAAAGACAACAGCUUGAUCACAAGAGAUCGCAUCGUCCCAAAACAGAGCAGUGCGACGAAUGUGACAAGGCCUUCCAACUACCGUGUCUCCUCAGGAAACAUAAAGAAUACGCCCACAGUAACACCCCACAUAUCUAUAAAUGUGCCACAUGCCAACGCGAGUUCAAAUCAGAAUACCUGCUGACAUGCCACGACAAGCGCAUGCACCUAAAUGAAUAUAACUUUUACUGCGCGAAUUGUGGCAAAGGUUUCGGUUGGAAGGCGAGACUACGAGAUCACAUACAAGAGCAACACCAGAGGCAUCCAUUUCGUUGCGAUAUUUGCGGUGAAAAGUUUGUGAAGCGUGCUCAUCUGAAGUCGCACCAAGAGGAACACGAGGACAAACAGUUCAAGUGUCCGUGUUGCCCGGCAGUUUUCAAAUCGAAACGAAAACUCAAAGUGCAUACGUACAGUCACAAAUACCAUGCUAGUCUGGAGCAUAUUUGUGAUAAAUGCGGCAAGGCUUUGUCUUCGCCGUGGACUCUCAAGAAACAUAUGGAGACGCACCUGGACGUGAAGCCGUUUCAGUGUGAUGUUUGUGGUAUGACGUUUUCUACUGUCACGUAUUUAAAGAUCCACAACAGGGUGCAUACGAACGAGAAACCAUAUGCUUGUAAGUACUGUGGUUGGCGCUUCAGACAGCAGCCGAUACUUAAUGUUCACUUGAGAAGACACACGGGAGAAAAACCGUACGGCUGUCAAGUUUGUUCUAGAUGUUUUAUCACCAGAACUUUGCUGAACAGACACGUGUGUCGUGGACCGACCGCAGAGUCUAGUGAGAACCCAGAGAAUCUGUGAAGCAGGAAUCGCUUAGGUUAUUUUUACCAUUUUUUUAUUUAAUACGCUUGUAUUGUAAGAACUUUUAAAUACAGUUUUUUUAAAACAAAAUCUUUGAUAUAUUCCGUACUGGCUAAGCUGAAUCUAUUUGCUUUCCAUCUCUAUGACCAUGACCAACCGCAUACAACGCUGUUUUGUGUUUGUUAGCAAUCAUCAGUACGAUAUACGUCUAGUCGAAAGCCAAAACAGUUAAGAUUGUUUCUAUAGACUUUUGCAAACCACGCUUUUGCUGGUUUUGAGAAUUUCUUGUUUUCCGGUUGAUUGACGAAUCGUCCUGUUAAAGAUGUAUCAAGCUUUGGCCAACCGUGUAUAGGUGGCGUUUUCACCUAAAAGAGUCAGAGUUUCCAAUACAGGUUGUUAUUUAAGUAUGUACCAUAAUUUUAACAGAGUAAUUUUAUGACAAAAGAGUUCAUAUAAACAUAUAAAUAUCCUUUAACUAAUUUCAUUGGAACAAAUAAUUUCCAAAAGUAACUUUUCUCCAUAUUCGUUGUGGCGUCCAGAGAUAUGUAAUUAAGUGGACUUUUUUUUCUGAAAACUAAGCAAGAUACGUAACAAGACAAAAAAGUUGUAUUUGUAUUUGCUUCAUCCAAACUAACUAAGAUUAGUGACGUAUACUUUUGUCACAAAUACUCGUUCAGAUCCCGCCAAAUUUCAAC